AUGAAGUUCAGGGCAAAGCUAGUGCUUCUAGUGCUCGCUCUGGCUGCACAAGUGGUCUGCUGUACUGUGUCUCUCGUUCGAGAGGACUUGAAAGAAGUCGCAACGCCGCGGGGGUCUCCAAUUGACGAAGGUUCGAUGCAGACGAUAUUACACGGCGUCCAACAAGAGCUACCCGAGUCAUUGUACCUGUUGGCGAUGAUGAAAUUCUACGGCCACGGUGUCGAUCAAAAUGUGGAAGCUGCAGUGACGUUGCUGAGCAGAGCAGCGGAGCGUGGUCAUCGUGACGCUGAAUUCGCUCUUGGCGUGUUGUAUGGGCGGGGAGAGGGCGUUGUGCACAGUGACACUUUGAGUGCCUCGUGGCUCGCAAAGAGUGCUGCACGCGGUCAUAUUGACGCGAAAUGGAUGCUAGCCGCGAUGUACAACGAAGGACGAGGAGUUGAUGAAGACGUACAUCGUGCGGUUAAGUUACUGCAGGAUGCAGGGAAUCCUCAAGCCAAGUUUCAUCUCGGUGUCAUGUACGAGUACGGUCGUGGCGUAGCACAGAACUUCAAGACUGCAGCCGAGUUAUACCGCCAAGCUAGCGAGCACCAAGUACCCGACGCGUUUUACAACCUCGGUCUGCUGCACCUUCAGGGUCGAGGUGUAGAGCAAAACUUUGAACAUGCACGGGAGUAUUUUCAACAAGCUGUGGAUCUUGGCAGUGCGCAAGCCAUGUACGCUCUGGGUCAAAUGCACGUCCACGGUCAAGGAUCAUCGAUAGACUACUCGCAGGCGCUCUACUGGCUCAAGCGUGCCGCUGUACAAGAUGACGUCCGAGUCAGCUCUACCGCGCACACCGUGGCGAACGAGAUCGAGCUCGUGCUUAGUCAAGCGGAGCUACAGGUGCAGCACAGCGAGCGAUUACUUGGAGUACCCAUUCGCGUACAAAUUGGUACAAUUGACGGAAAUUGAUUAAAAAAAGUGUUCCAUCAGCUUAAAUUGCUGCGUAUAUUGGGUCUAUCAAUCUACGAGGACUUGGGCUCGGCGGCAAGCGCGCGCUCCAGGUCGGCAAUGAUGUCCGGGAGGCCCUCGAUGCCGACGGACAGACGGAUAAGGCUGUCGGAGAUGCCGAUCUCCUUACGCACCUCAGGGGGCACCGAGGCGUGGGUCAUAAUAGCGGGGGACUCAGCCAGCGACUCGACGGCGCCAAGACUCUCGGCCAGAGUAAACACCUCGAGGUUCUCUAGGAAGGCGCGAGCCUUCUCCAGACCGCCGUGCACGUAGAACGUCACCAUGCCGCCGAAACCAGACGCCUGUGUCUUGGCGAUCUCGUGCUGCGGGUGGGACUUGAGACCCGGAUAGCACACCUUCUCGACGGCAGGGUGAGCCUCCAGGUACUCGGCAACAGCCUGUGCGUUCUUGGCGUGAGUAGCCAUACGCACGUGCAGCGUCUUAAGACCACGCAGAGCCAUGUAGCAGUCAAAAGGAGCGGGCACAGCGCCGAUGCCGUUCUGGACGAAACGCAGCUUAGUGUUAAUGUCUUCCAAGUUAGUGAUCACCACUCCACCCACAACGUCGCUGUGGCCAUUGAUGUACUUGGUGAUACUGUGCACGACAAUGUCUGCGCCCAGAGUCAGAGGGUUCUGGAAAUAAGGCGACAUGAAGGUGUUGUCCACGACCAGAAGCAGGUUGUGCUUCUUGGCGAACUCGGACACAGCGCGGAUGUCCGUGAUCUUAAGUGUCGGGUUGGUAGGAGUUUCGAUCCAGAUGAGUUUGGUCUUGCCAGGACGCAACAGCGUCUCGACCUUGUUCAGGUCGCUGAAGUCCGUGAAGUCAAAGUCGAUAUUGUAAGUAGGGUUGACCGUCUGGCGGAAGUAGCGCUGAGUGCCGCCGUACACGUCGUCAAUGCACAGCACGUGGUCUCCGUGCUUCAUCAGGUGCGUCACGGCCGUAGUGGCGGCCAUACCCGACGAGAAGCACACAGCGAAGCGGCCCUUCUCGCAGGCAGCCAGCGCACGCUCCAGAGCGCCACGCGUCGGGUUGCCCGUGCGCGAGUACUCCCAGCCCUUGCCGAACGAAUUGUCCUGGUUGCGACCAGUCACCACGCCAGGGGACGCCUGCGCAAAGGUGCUGGCAAGCGUGAUGGGCACAGCCACGGCGCCCGUGUGCUCGUCCGGGGCCUGGCCCUCGUGGAUGGCCGUAGUGCCGAAGCCGUGGUGCUCGUCGACGUACUUGGAGGCGGCGCUGCUCAUUCUUUGAUCGGGUGGAUGGAAGUCACUUGUGCUUGAGGAGGCAAC